GAUUAAAGUAAAACAACAUGAACUCUGUCAAGCUACUGGGUGGAGGAAUACUGUUUUUUUAUAGGCCUUACAAAAGGAAGCACAACUUCCUUUCUCACAAACAAGUUACAGUACAAGAUAACAAUGGCAAUGCAGCUUGUCUUCUUUCUCUACAUGUUGGUCCCCAUCACAGUAUGUGAUGUUUUUAAGCUGGUUAACAGUUCUGUACAACUGGACAUACAAGAACAUUUGGACAAGUCCUUCUUCUUUCUUUUCUGGAUAUUUAACACAUCCAAUUACAUUGUGAGAUAUAUUGAAAAUUCCCAAACUAGAGUAUCUGAAAGAUAUAAAGAAAGGAUGAAGUUCAAUGAGGAAACCUACAGUCUGACACUGAAGAACCUACAGAAGAGUGAUAGUGGAAUCUAUGAAGCAAAAGCAGUUGGGGAUGACAGUGUAAUUGUUGCUAUGUACCAAUUAAAGGUGUUGGAUCCAGUGCAGAAACCAGACCUUACUGCUUCUCUCCAAAGUAAUGACAACUGUAAUGUGACUUUCACCUGUGAAGCUCAGAAACUCUCAGUAACCUCUCACUGCUACAAUGAUAAUUGUGAUAUGAAGGAAAAGAAAACAUCAGGAGACAUGUUUCCAUUCCUCUCACUGUAUGUUAGUAACAACUUCAUUAUUUGUAAUCAUAGCAACCCAGUGAGCUGGAAAAAUACAACUAUGGAGAUAAAACAUGUGAAAGAUGUCUGCCCUAGUGAAGGUGUAAGCAUGCACACAUACUGCCUGGUCUAAAUUUAAAUGUAAGUUCUUCCUCUCCAUGCUAUGCUGCAUUGUCAGAUUCUCUGAUGAUACAAUACUGAAUUAUCUUCUCAAAUGCCAUGGUCUGAUCAUAGGUGUGCUGUACUUGCAUGUGUAAAAUGGUGUGAUAGCAAUUUUGUUCAGCUUAAUGUGACUAAAACUAUAAAACUAAUUGUAGACUUAAGGCAAACCAAAACCAGCAUCAUUCACAGAGUAGUUCAUACAAACAUACAAGUAUUUAGGAACGGUUUGAAUUACAACUGAGGUUUGAUAAACACUAUCUGUAUUGUCAAGGUGGAACAUCAGAGAAUUUUAUGUAACUUUCCACAAAAAACUGUCUAAAAAGCAUUGUUAUGGUGUGAUCAAGAUCACUGAAUACAAACAAAAAAGUAAGCGUUCUAUGGAAGAAGCGAGUGGUCUGGAAUGCAGAAGGAAUAAUAAGUCAACCUGACUACAUACUUUUUAGGGAAUUCUCAAUUAUGCACUCAAUUAUGUCAAUCCUACAAUCUGCCUGCCUAGAAAACUAAAAUAUAUGCUAAUUAUUUUAUUAUUUCUGCUAGCAAGCUCCAUUGAUCUGUGCAUUGGUCACGUCCAUGUUGCUGUAUUGUCUGGAUGCUGCUGUUUGUUUUUGUAUUUAUCUUUUUGAUUUUCUCAGUCUUUUCUAUGUAUAGGGAGACUGUAAAAAUGAACUACCUUAUUAAUAAAGGAAAAAUAAAAUAAAAUCUGGAUAACAGUCCAACAUUGUGGACCAUCAGUGCUCAUGUGAGUUACUAAAUCAUUUUCUAAUAUAAUGUCAAUCUUAAGAACAACCUUCAAUCCAGCCAAAGAUGUAUAAAAUAAAAAAGCAAAUAAAAUAUUUAUAUAGGUUCCAAAUUCAGAACUGUGUAAGUGCCAUCCUCACAUUUAAAUCUUUUCAAUUUGUUUCACUUUUUAGAUCUUUAGAAUCAUGUGCAUUCAUUGCAGCAGUUUUUCUGUGCUUUUAGCUCUGAGCAGAGCUCCAUGUCAUAGUUUUCGAUUUCUGAAUCCAAACUUAGAAAAAGGGUUUAAAAAAUAUAUUAAAAAAAGAAGAGAAUAAUUGUUGCACUUAUUUUGUUGAAAAAUUAGUUAUCUUCCUAAAUUAUUCUUGCUAACAUCUCAAGCAGUGGUGCUUGAAGGUUGUUGAAGCAUCUAGAAUUUUCUAUAUUUCUGCAAAAAAGAUGACCCAAAACACUCAGAUUUUCAUGGUUUCCAACAGCAGUGUGCAGCAAUAACUGCAAGUAAACGUUUCCGCUAACUGUUGAUCAGUCCUGCAUUUAUGUGAAAAUCUGAUGAUGUUUUGGGUCAUAAAUUCGCAGAAAUAUAGAAUAUUCUAAACAUUUUAUAAUAUACUGUAUAUUAUCUUCUAAUAAAAAUGACAUUUUAAAGCCA